AUGCGACUCGCCGAAUAUCUCACGGCGCUNCCCCCCCCCCCCCCCCCCCCCCUGCUGUACAAUCGGGUGUGGAAAAACGAGUAUACGCCAAGUAGAUGGAGGGAAGGAGUGGCUGUGAACCUGUUUAAGAAAGGAGACAAGACUGACCCAGGAAACUACAGGGGGAUCACACUGCUGGACAUACCGAAAUCAUCGCGGUCUUGGCACAUAUCGGGGUCUUGGCACAGGAUGUGCGGAAAAAAAGCGGGUUCCGAAUGAGAUGCUAGGAUUAUCGCACAGGUAUCGUCGUCUCCGCACACUGCGCGGAGACGCCGAUAUGUGCGGUGAGGGUUGGCGGUAAGUGAUACCCUUUCACCAGCAUCUUGUGCUGGAAAUUCCGAAUACCCUGGGAGCUUGAAUCGCGUGCUCCACUGCUACUGCUGCCCUUGGCACCAUGACGAUGUUCAAAAAUGUGGUAUUUGUACUCCUUGUUCUCUUCUUUUCGUUAUGAAGAAUCAAGAUCGGCA